AUGAUUUUCAUUUUACUCCUCACCACUUUCCUAGCCAUUCUGAUAGUUCGCCAGUACCAGAAGGCUAAGAAAUUCCCUCCGGGACCCACUUCACUUCCUUUCAUUGGAAAUAUUCAUCAGCUAAUUUACUAUUGUUGGAAACACAAGGGAGUUGUCCCUGCAUUUGAUUAUUUUCGACAAACCUAUGGAGAUGUGUUUACUCUUUGGUUGGGACCAAUUCCUCAUGUAAGUAUUUGUGAUUAUGAGACCUCUCAAGAAGUUUUUGUGAAAAACGGAAAUAAGUACAAAGAUCGAUUCUUGCCGCCGAUAUUUGAACAUGUUAGUGAAAAUCUUGGCUUGGUUUCCGCGAAUGGGGAAUCUUGGGCAGAAAUGAGAAGAUUUGCAUUGGGUGCUUUUAGAACUAUGGGCGUUGGACGGGAUCUGAUGGAGGAGAGAAUUUUAGCAGAGUUGGAUGCAAGAUGUGCCAAAAUUGAUGCCGAUGCUGUAAACGGAAAAACCAUAGUUCAUACUACGGAAUUUUUCGAUCUCACAGUUGGCAGCGUUAUCAACAGUGUACUCAUUGGAAAACGAUUUGAUUCUCAUAACAAGGACGAGUUUUUGAAACUCAAAGGACUCAUAGAUUCAGCUGCAGACUUGUUCACUAUUUUUGACCUCACUGUUCCAAUAUGGUUGCUCAAAAAAUUGUGUCCUGAACGGUAUGCAAAAAUCGUUGAAUCUCAAGUAGAAAUAAUCAAUUUUGUAUCUCGAGAAGCGAAUGAGAGAUAUGAAAAAGUGAAAAGCGGAGAGUUUACUAUCAACUCAGAGGAUCCACAGGACUUCGUAGAAGCUUACCUGGCAAAAAUGGAACAAGAGAAGGAGAAAGGAACAACCAAUUUGUACACAAUGGAAUGCUUGAAACACGUGAUUGGAGAUUUGUGGUUGGCUGGACAGGACACUACUGCAACAACACUGGUUUCUGGAUUCAAUCAGUUUGUGAAUCAUCCAGAAGUUGUGAAGAAGUGUCGUGAAGAACUGAUGAAACUGACAGAUAACGGAUCAAGACCCUUAAGUUUAAAGGAUAGAGCAGAAUCUCAUUAUUUGAAUGCGACGAUAGCCGAAAUCCAGAGACAUGCUUCAAUUCUAAAUGUUAACUUUUGGAGGUACAACCACGAGGCCACCACCAUCAAAGGAUAUCCAGUGGAUUCUGGAUCAGUGAUCACAGCUCAACUUGGAGCACUUCAUGUCAACAAUGACAUUUUCAAAAAUGCAGAAAAAUUCUACCCAGAAAGGUUUAUUGAAGACCCGAAACUCUUGAAUCAAGUGAUUCCAUUUGGAAUUGGAAAACGUUCCUGUGUAGGGGAGAAUAUUGCUAGAUCGGAGAUCUAUUUGAUGAUUGGAAAUUUGUUGCUCCGGUAUGACAUCAAACCGUUUGGAGAUGUACCAUCCACAGAGGACAAACUACCGUAUAGCGCUGGAAAAUUGCCAGACAAAACUGUGAAACUCGAAUUUUGUAAAUUAUAG